AUGGCUGCGCCGGUCAGGCGCACGGUGGUGUGCUUGGUAGCCGCCGUGCUCGUCCUGUUGCCGGCUGCGACAGCCAGGCGCACAAUUAGUGUGGGCAGCAUGUCAAGCAGCGAGGGAGCCAGCCUUGGGCAGCGCAGCCAGCAGCCGAUCAGCAACCCGGCCUCCCGGGCAUCCCUGCGGCCCGAUUUCCCCCAUAUCGUGGUCAAGGGGCUCGCUCUGGAGGCCGGUAAGAGCAGCGUCAGCGUCAGCAAGCAACGGCACACGCUGGCUGAGGACGAGGUGCAGGCAGCCAUUCUUGGGGGCACAGACGCCGCGAAAUUCAGAUAUUUGUGGAUGGUGUCCCUGCGAUACAACUCCGGAGCCAACAGCCAUUUCUGCGGGGGUACGCUGAUCAAUUAUCGUAUGGUGUUGACGGCGGCCCAUUGCUUCUUCAAGACCAUCAAAAACACUGAUAAUACCACCACCGAUGUGCUGGACGACGACAAAACCCUAUUCCCAAAGGUGUGGCUAGGGUUGUACAUCAAGAAGGAGACUGACCCCACCAAGUACGAGGAGCGGGAGGGCAUCAGCGUGGUGAUCCACAAAUUGUACGAUCCGAACGGGCCCUCCACUCACGACAUCGCAAUCAUCUACCUCAACAAGGCUGUGUCCUCCAGAUAUGUGCCCAUCAAACUGCCGUUGGCCUUUGAGGGCCAGGUGGCUGCUGGCACGCUGCUGACCACGAUUGGCUGGGGCAGGAACAAUGCUGAUGAAACCACCGAGCCCACCGUUCUCCAGGAGGUCCAGGUGGAUGUGGUGGAUACCCUCCGUUCAGCCUUGCUGAAACCCUCGUGCAAGAAGCAGUUCACUGAUGCCGGCAGGACCCUUUUUGUUCCACAGAUGAUGUGUGCGGGCACCCCCAGCAAGAGGAAGAACUCUUGCGGGGGAGACUCUGGCGGCCCGCUCUUUCUGCCCAGCCCAAACGGCAGCCCGGCCCAAGACCUGCAGUAUGGCAUAACAUCCUUUGGUGUCGGUGAUUGUGGCACGACCUCGCUUCCAGGUGUCUAUACAAAUAUUUCGACAUAUCGAAACUGGAUCGACCAAAAUAUGGUGAUAUUGAAUGACCCUGUGCUGAUGUCUCCAUUUGAUGGCGUCGGCUUGUACAAAGUGAUACUGAGCUCCAACACGCGACAGUGCAAAACAGGCAGAGGGCAUGCGUAUGCCAAUUCAUGCACCAUUGCCGACCCCACCUUGUUUCUAGCCCACAAGGGCAUCACCGGCAGCAUCAACCAACACAUCAUCCUUUCCACCACGACUGAUAACAAGUGGACCCUGCGGAAAGAGUCGGUUGAAGGAGGUGGCUGCUCCAAGUAUCUGGCGUUGUUCGCUCAGAACACAGGGACUGCCGCGCCGGCCGACCCGUGCAACGUCGAGACGGUGCCGCCCCAGCUUGGCUCCGAGUUCACGUACGGCACCCCGCUGCCCUACGUCUUUGCCCUCCCCGACAGUCUCCUCAAGUCCAAUGGCGGCCCGUGGGAAGACGAGUGGAUCAGCACCGGCCUCACCCGCGUGGAGAAGGGCGCGAUGAACAUCAUCGUUUGUGCCAACGAUGCCACCUGGCAGCCGGCGCGCGCCACGGCAGCGGCCAACAGCGGCUACACCGCAGCCUGGCAGGCGCUGGGUGGCCCCUCGUUUGUCUUUGACACUUCUCAAGUGACCCCCAAGGGCUCCUUCACCCCCGGCAAGAUGUUUGGCACCGCCCUGAACAGCCUAAUCUACAACCCCGACUCGCCCAUGUGGGGCACCAACUCCACCAACCUCACCUGCGCCUGGUGGUUCCCCACCUCCCCGCUGGCCGCACUGAAGCCUGCUGGGCUGGACCGCUACUGGGGCGUGCGCAUCAGCAUCCCCGCCAAGGCUACCAAGUGGCCGUUGCUCCUCUUCAUGCUGUCGGACGCAGACCCCUCGCGCUUCAGCUUUGGUGCGUGCCUGUGA